UGCAAGGUCACGGCCAAUCAGCUCACGGCCUGUACAAGAUGGUGGUCCGCCUCCCUCGGGGUAUCACCUGCUCUCACUGUGUCGUGCAGUGGCACUACCGGACAGGUGAAGUUUUCCAGCCUGGAUCCGCCGGAAACGUGGAAACAGAUAUCGUGAACUGUGCUGACGUCACAGUUGGUUACUAUAGUGACCCGGAAGCUUCCCCAGAGCAACCCAACAAUCUGUCCAAGGGACCAUUAGCUGAUAAAUUACAGGUUAGUCCGUGGGAGAGAAUGGGGACGUUAAAAAGAAAACAUUCCUGUAUCGUUAUUCGUCCUCCAAAAGAGAAAAGAACAGAAAAAUAGCAAACAAAAGAAAAAUAAAAAGAAUAGAAAAGAAAAUAGUGCUGAGUAAUACGUGAGAAUUAAGAAACAAAAUUACGAUGUCAAAUUUUAAAAGUUUGAAUGAACUGUUUAAAAG